AUGUGGGAGGCGAAAUUGCAGCCUGCCGUCAUCAAUUUCAAUGCUUGUAUCAGCGCGUGCAAAAAAAGCGAGCAGUGGCGGUGGGCUCUGGCGCUGCUGAGUGAAGUGUGGGAGGUGAAAUUGGAGCCCGACGCCCUCAGCUACAGCGCUGGGAUCAGCGCUUGCGGGAAAGGGAAGCAGUGGCAGCGGGCUCUGGCGCUGCUCAGGGAGAUGUGGGAAUUCAGGUUGGAGCCCAAUGUCAUCAACUACCUCGCUGGGAUCAGAGCGUGCGAGGCCAGCGAUUUGUGGACCAGGGCCCUGGACCUGCUCGAGUCGAUGCUGGGAGCCCGCGUGGACCCUGCUGCUGCCGAGAGCCCCGACGAGGGCUGGUACGUGCACGACCUCGAGGCAGGUGGCCCCAAGGACGUCUUCAAGCACACCGUUCUCGUGGCUCUGCUGCAGCAGAUGGCGGCGUGCGCGGAUCCCUUCACUUUUAUCGACAUGCACGCCGCUUCUGGUGUCUACGACCUGAGCUCCGAGGAGACGCUCCAAUGCAGGAUGUUCGAAAGGGGCGUGCUCCGGGUAUCACACGCAGUUGACCGCAGCGACGGGGGUCUGGUUGCAGACUAUCUGGCCGCGGUAUGGAGGUGCAACCAAGCCUUGGGCUCCUCCUCGCGCGCCCUGAGCCUCUACCCGGGUUCGCCUGCGCUGGCGUGGCAGUGGCUCAGGUCACAGGACACCGCCGUUUUGUUCGAGGCCGCCGCCAAGCCCUACGAGGCCUUGAGGCGGAGCUUUUCCUUACUGGACCGAGGGGUAGGUCCCCGCCUCUCGCUGCAACACGACGACUCCUACCUGCGGCUUUCCUUUGGGCCUUGGCCCUGGCCCAGCGGGCGGCAGCUGGUGCUUCUGGACCCGCCGUACGACUCCACGCAGUCCCACAACACAUGGAACGUUUUCGCCCUCCGGCGCCUGCUCCAGAGGUCGCCCUCCAGCUGCGUUGCCCUGUGGUACCCGCUGGUGGACCAGGAGAAGGUCGCGGGUCUGCACAGCCGUGUCCAGAGCCUCGCCGUGGGCAGCGUGCUCGUGGCCGAGAUGUGGCUCGAGGGCUCGUGGCCGCGUGGAGAUGCCCUGCAGGGCUCGGGGAUGCUGGUCGUGAAUCCGCCCCCCGCCCUCCACGCGCAGCUCCUCGCGGCGCUGCCAGAGCUCCGAGCUGCGCUGCGUGCCACGGGCUCCCGGGUGCUGUGGCUGUGA